AUGGAGCUGUUUUGCCUCUUCUCCCCAGCUUUACUUUUGAUAUUUUCUUUGAAAUACUCAGCUGCAGCCCCGGCUCUUUUCGCAUUGCCAAAAGCGUCUAACUGGAGUGAUUUCUACAUUGCCCAGGAAUACCUUGACAAAUAUUACACACCAAAAGGAAGACAUCAAGUUGGAGAAAUGAUCAGUGGCACCAAUUCCAUGGCGAAGAAAGUCCAGCAGAUGCAAGCUUUCUUUGGCUUACAGGUCACUGGGAAGUUGGACCACAGCACUAUGGAUAUAAUAAAGAAGCCUCGAUGUGGAGUCCCGGAUGUAGAAAACUAUCGACUUUUCCCUGGGCAACCUAAGUGGAAGAAAAGGACACUGACAUACAGAAUAAAAAAAUACACCGCUAGCCUAACGCAGGCAGAAGUUGAGAAGGCUGUGGAGAUGGGUCUGAGAACAUGGAGUGCUGGCCCCUUGAGCUUCAUCAGAGCAAAAACAGGAGAAGCAGACAUCAUGAUAUCAUUUGAAAAUGGAGACCACGGGGACUCCUACCCAUUUGAUGGGCCGCGAGGGACCUUAGCCCAUGCUUUUGCACCCGGGGAAGGACUGGGUGGAGACACUCAUUUUGACAACGCAGAGAAAUGGACAAUGGGGAUGAAUGGAUUCAACUUAUUCACUGUGGCUGCUCAUGAAUUUGGUCAUGCACUGGGCCUGGCCCAUUCUACGGAUCCAUCUUCUUUGAUGUAUCCAACCUACAAAUAUCAGCACCCCUUUGGUUUCCGACUCCCAAAAGAUGAUGUGAAAGGGAUUCAGGCAUUAUAUGGGCCAAGGGAAUUUGGAUCCCGAAAACCACAGGUUUCACGUCAGCCUUUUUCCAAACCACCAACCCCAUACAAUCCAGAUCAUUGUGACUCCAAAUUUUCAUUUGAUGCUGUAACGAUGCUGGGGAAAGAGUUACUUUUCUUCAAAGACAGGUACUUCUGGAGAAGGCAGGCUCAACUCACAAGCCAUGUGCAACCACUCAGCAUUACCAGCUCUUUCCCUCAGCUCAUGUCCAAUGUGGAUGCAGCCUACGAAAUAGCUGAGAGAAGCAUUGCUUUUUUUUCAAGGGUCGGUCCUCAUUAUUGGACAACUCACGGUUUCCACAUGCAGGGCCCUCCUCGGUCUAUUGCAGAUUUUGGAUUUUCUAGAAAUGUGCAACACAUAGAUGCAGCUGUCUACCUGAGAGAUGAAAAGAAGACCCUCUUCUUUGUAGAAGACGAAUUUUACAGCUAUGAUGAAACAAAGCGGAAGAUGGACAAAGACUUCCCAAAGGCCAUUGAGGAUGAAUUUUCAGGAAUUAAUGGUCGAAUAGAUGCUGCGGUAGAAGUUAAUGGUUUCAUUUACUUCUUUUCAGGCCCCAAAGCUUAAUAUGACAGAGAAAAGGAAGAUGUGGUUAACGUUGUGAAAUCCAGCUCUUGGGUGGGCUGCUGA